GGCAGCUCAGAUCAGCUCGGCACGUCAUUAUGGGAAAAUGGCGGAUACUGGUGGAAAUGAAACUCCGAGAGUGACUUCGGCUUUUUUAAAACGACAAGAGCAACUACAGCGUUGGAAUCAGAGCGAAACAGCUCGGGAACCUGUGUACAAGCCUACGAAACGAAAUAUAGUGAAUUUCGACGAUGGUACGGUGUUCUUAUCGGCCGCUUCUGCCGGCGACUUGGAAGAAGUCAAGAAACUACUGCAAAAGGGUUCGGACGUAAACUAUCAAAAUAGCGACGGUCUUACUGCGUUACAUCAGGCGUGUGUGGACGAGAAUUACGAUUUAGUCGAAUUGCUGGUGCAAAAUAAAGCUGAUCUUGAAGUUCGUGAUAACGAAGGUUGGACCGCAUUACAUGCAGCGGCGAGUUCGGGAAACAUUCAAAUCACUGAAUUUCUGAUUGAGCAUGGAGCGGAUAUUGCGGCUGUCAACAAUGAAGGAGAACUUCCUCUUGAUCUUUCUGAAGAAGAUGAGAUGGAAGAGUAUUUACAAAAUCAACUGCGUAAAGCUAACAUUGAUGUAAAAGUUGCUCGUGCUGAAGAAGAAAGGAUCAUGGAAGAGCAUGCACAAUCCUGGUUGAACAAGGGGCAUAUUGAUGCAGGCCAAGAUCCUACAACUGGUGCGACGCCAUUGCAUAUUGCUGCCGCCAAGGAAUAUAAAAAAGUUGUUAGUCUUUUAUUGCAAGCUGGUGCUGAUCCCAAUGCAAAAGAUUUUGAUAAAUGGACUCCACUGCACGCUGCUGCUCACUGGGGACAGAAGGAAUCGUGCAAAUUAUUGGCUGAUUACGGUGCUGAUUUUACCCUCAGGAACCACGUGGGUUUGACUCCAAUCGAUAUUGCUGAGCCAGAAAUCGAGAAAUAUUUGGAAGAGUUGAAGAAAAAACAAAUGGAGAAACCCAAAAUUAACGCGUCAAUAACACCAAUGAAAAACAUCAACAGUGGUCAGCCGCCAUUGACAAGAAGACAAAUAACGAGAGACAUGACGCCCAAUCGAAGCUAUAACGUGAUUGAAGAGCGAUCCAUCACUCGUAUAAAAGACACGGGACUCUCAAAGACGGACGUCAACCAGGAACGCAAGGCGCUUUCCGAGCGCAUAACUCCUACCAAAGAUGUUCCCAAAGAGAGCCACGAAGAUACCACUAAUAAUAAGCAUUCUUCGAGCAGCGCCGAGACGGACUCGGAGGAGUCAGAAACGUCCGAGGAAUCCUCAGAAGAAGCGUCCGAAGGCCAGGAGAUCAUGCUUCGAGCCACUACGAAAAUUAUAAGCAAGAAACCCGGUUCGGAAUCCGACUCCGAAUCAGAAAAGAACCCUAAAAAUUCAAUAGCUACGCAAAAUGGUUCCACCGUCGCGAACUCUCCUCGAACUCGAAAUCCUACAUUUUUGCCAAUGAAUAACAAGAAUGCAGUUUCGACCAGCGCUAGAACCAAUUCUUAUACGUCACGACCAAUAAAUAGCGUAGCUAGGACAUAUCCUGCUGUGGAGAGGAGAGAAGAUACAGGUUCAACAAAGACGGAUAAGUUUGGACUUAAUCGCGGUGGCAGAGUAAGUAGAAGUGAAGAUGGCGACUCCACGACAAGAGAUCUCGACACUCGACGAAAACUGUUUGAAUGGACAAGCAAUAGCUAUUUUUCGCGCCUUAACAAUGAGGAUAGUAAGGACAGUAGGGGAUCGGACGACGCAAGCAAGAUAAACGAAGAUAACUCGAAAAAAGAGGAGGAAUCUCGUCCAAGUUAUCGCUCUCAGCUUCGAGACUCCAAGUUGUCAUCGUAUACAUCUCGGGUGAGACCGUCAUCGAGAAACUUCGACGACGACAAGUCGAAGUUGAACGAUGUUGAUUCGUCUACCACUCGGCGGAAUAACAUCUCUGGUCGGUCCACUAUCUAUUCCGACCGAGAUAAGGAUAAAAAUGAAACGAGUACAUCGUCGUACACGAGCAGGCGUCGAUUACGGGGCGAUCCGACCCACGAUAGCUCAUCACGUGAUACUUCGUCGCGUGAUACAUCGACACGUGAUACAACGUCAAGUCGAUAUACUUCCAGUUACCUUCGGUCCACCAGCUCCGACAACUUCUCAAGUCGUAUUAGCGAAAGGGAAAAGGAACGACAAAGAGAAGCGGAGAAGGAAAAGGAAAACGAAAACCAGAGUGAAAAGGAAAAACAAAAAGAGAAAGAGACCGAAAAAGAGUCCGUUGAUAAAUCUGCAUCUCGCGUUAGAAAGAGUCGCAGACCUCGUGAGAAAAGAAGAUCAACUGGAGUGGCAUACAUGCCUUCUGAGAGCGAUGAAGACGAGCCAGACGAGCUUCAAGAAGCAAAGAAGAACACAAUGAUGAACGAAGAUAUCGAAGAGAAAGAAAAACCUAAAGAAGAGACUAGGAGUCAAGUGGAUAGGAUACGUGCUGGAAGGACGGUCACUUCGACGUCCACAACAGAUCGGUUUAAAAAUUCGUCUAGAAUAUCCGACAGCAAGUCGAAUAGUGACGUAAAUACACUACAAGAUAAACUACGUGAGACGCAAAUUGAAUUAGAUGAGACCAAAACUAAGCUAGAAAAAACAGUUCAGGAGAAAAAUAAGUUAGAGCGAAAAUUAGAGAAUAUGGAGGAUGACUUAAAGCAACUAAAUGAUCUCCGAGAAGACAACAAAAGACUUAAAGACGAAAACGGUGCACUUAUUCGAGUAAUUAGUAAGCUGUCGCGAACACCCACGUGAAUAUUGUAUCGCGUUGAAGAAUCACGAAAGUCAGACCGCGUGGAAUGCGCGUGCGCACAUAUAUGCAAUUUUAUAAAGUACUUCUUGUUUGUGAAAAGAUGUCUUCAAGCGGCAAAUCGGCGCAAUUAUCGCGUGGCUAAAGAUUUCGUGCACUGAAUUGUUUUGGAUGGCAUGUAAUGCGUUGAAUAUCACAUGUGUUUUAGCACAAUUAGAGGAAAUAAGAAGAUGGAAAGAAUUAUUUUAGGUGUAUUUUAACACUAUAGGUAGCUACAAAAUUAUUUUCUCGGCUAAUAUGUUCUAUCACAACUUUACAUGUAUAAGCAUUACAUCACCACAAUCUAAACGUGCAAAAUACGGAUUAAGUGAUCGAGCAACGUGGAUUCGCUUUCCGUGGCUAACCCAGGCAAAUUUCCUUGGAAUUUUCGUCGUUUUGCUUUGCGUACUGAACGAAAAGACGACUUAUAUAUCAAAUUUUCUGGUUGUGUUGUUCGCAAACUUGCUUGCCUGGGUUGGCUGCUCAAAGCAUUUAAUGAAUAGAUAGUAACCACGAACACAAACCUUAUAUAUUUGGAGGAGAUUUUUUUUCAUGGCGAAUCGGUGGUGGAGAAACUGAUGGCUAUUGAAUCUUGUUAAACACUAAAUUUGAAGCAGCUCUUGUCAUUUGUGGUAAUGUCUGCGGCUUGUGUUCAGUUUUUUUGUUUAUUCACUUGGUCUUUUGAUUAAUUUGUGAAAGACAUAUAUUGUACUUUGUGGAAUGGUCGAUAGGUUACAAAAUCGCAUAAUAUGCCUUCUUUAUGAAGAUCUCUAUUGUAAUUAAACGGGUGUCGGCUUUGACAAAAAUGUGCGAGAAUCGAUUUUGGUUGCUUUUCUGUAAGUCGUUUUCGGGGGCGCGGAUGUUUUUUAUACAAUUAUUUGUAACCUUUCUAUUGGUAUCUAUUGUCGCUAAAUUCAACGUCGAUUCCUGCGUCCUUUUUGCAAGGUUGCUUGAUUCAACCGAGAUAAUCAUGGUGUUGCUAUUGUGAUUAUUUAUCUGUGGUGAAAACGACCGAAACUCGUUUCUCGCACCUAACAUGUUACGCAUGAACUGAAUAUGAGCGACUAUUUUGUAAGAUCAGAAGUUUAUCGACUGCAAGCUUCAGAAAUAGACACACGAACACUGCUAUAGACAAAUGUGCUUACAGAGUCUCGUACUAUAUCUACUUGAAAUAUUUUGUAUUUGUAAAUAAAAUUGAUAUGUUUUGUA